AUGAACGUCUACAUACCAUCGACAUUGCUGUUGAUUGUGAGUUACGUCACACUGUACUUUAGGGUCGGGAUAUUCCAAGCCAGGGUGUUGGGGUCCCUGACGGCGAUGCUGGUUAUGGCUACGCUGUUCACCCAGGCGUCCUCCCACCUCCCGAAGACGUCCUACUUCAAAAUGGUUGACGUGUGGCUCUUGACGUGCAUCGUCGUCAUCUUCAUCGUCAUCGUCUUCCACGUUAUGAUCGACAGGGCGUUCGAGAGGGCCGAGAAAUCCCUUUCUGCGUCUCCUCCUGCAGGGUUAUUGGAGAAACAAGUCACAAGAAUACAUCCUUCAGGAGUAAGUUCGACCUUAGCCUCCUCCAAGGACCCGAGGAGCACCUUCGUGUCCACCAGCAGGAGUAACAGCAUCCAGUUCCGCCCUCGGGAAAGGGCGCCCCUCUACAAGAACUUGGUCCUUGGCGCCCGGGUGGUCAUCUUCGUGGCUCUUCUGGUCUUCAACUUAGUCUAUUGGGCUAUUGUUCUUGUGAACUAA